AUGGGAGCUUUUGGAGACGGACGACGGCGGUAUUUACUCUUUGAGAAGCACUGGGAUUCAUUUUCCAUGAUCAGCAUCUUUGAACAACUGGGUCACAUUACUGUUCGAGAAAAACACGACGAAUUUUAUCCGUACAGCAUGUCUGAGGGCGUACUGCAAGACAUUUCGGGAGAUACUAAUGACAGCUAG